CUCCAGUGUCAGGGUGGCCCAUUCAGCUGGCAGCAUGAAGUCAGCAAUGCAGCUGCGCGCGUGCCCCUUCGUGGGGGCGUCACCAGCGCUGUCCUCUCGCUCGGUGGCGAAGAGGGCACCUAAGAGAUGCCUCCAAACCUCCAAUGCAGUGAAGGAAAUAUUCAUGCCAGCCCUCAGUUCCACUAUGACAGAGGGCAAGAUUGUGUCCUGGCUGAAGGGUCCGGGUGACAAGGUGUCAAAGGGAGAGUCUGUGGUGGUCGUAGAGUCGGACAAGGCAGACAUGGACGUCGAGUCUUUCAACGAUGGUAUCCUUGGAGCUAUCGUGAUCCCGGAAGGGGGUGUCGCCAAUGUGGGUGAUCCGAUAGCAUUCAUUGCUGAAACUGCGGACGACCUAGAGGCCGCAAAGGCCAAGGCUGGAGCCAGCAGCAAUGGCGCUGCCCCUGCACCAGCUGAAGCUCCAGCUCCAGCUCCUGCUGUGGCGGAGGUGCUGGAAAAGGCACCAGAGCCUGCAGUGGCCAACGCUGCCACAGCCACGGCCACUGCUCCGCCGCCGCCCCCGCCGCCCCCUCCGCCGCCGGCGCCAGUGAACAAGCGUGCAGACGGCCGCAUCGUUGCCACUCCCUAUGCCAAGAAGCUGGCCAAGGAUCUGGGCAUUGACCUGGCCACCAUCGGUGGCAGCGGCCCUAACGGCCGCAUCACUGCCUCGGAUGUCGAGGCCCUGAAGAACGGAGGACCUAAGACAGCGGCGGCCCCUGCCCCAGCAGCCGCUGCGGCAGCGCCCAAGGCGGCGCCGGCACCUGCCGUGCAGGCAGCGGCUAAAUUGGCCGGGACGACGGUGUCAGAGCUGCGCGGCACCACGGUCCCCUUCACCUCCCUCCAAUCCGCCGUCUCGCGCAACAUGAUCGAGAGCCUCAAGGUGCCGGAGUUCCGCGUGUCGUACACGAUCACCACGGACAAGUUUGACGCGCUCUACAAGAAGCUCAAGCCCAAGGGCGUCACCCUCACCGCGCUCCUGGCCAAGGCCUGCGGCGUCGCCCUCGCCUCCCAUCCGCUCCUCUAUGCCUCGUGCACGGCGGACGGCAACGGGGUGACCUACAACGAGCGCAUCAAUGUUGCUCUGGCGGUGGCGAUGCCGGACGGCGGGCUGAUCACGCCGGUGAUCAAGGACGCAGACAGCACGGACAUCUACCAGAUCAGCCGCAACUGGGCCGACCUGGUGAAGCGCGCGCGCUCAAAGCAGCUGGCGCCCGACGAAUUCCAGUCCGGCACCUUCACCAUCUCCAACCUGGGCAACUUCGGCGCCGACAUCUUCGACGCCAUCCUGCCCCCUGGCACGGCGGCAAUCCUGGCGGUGGGCGGCAGCAAGCCGACGGUGACGGCAGACAAGAACGGGCGCAUCGGCGUGGAGAAGCAGAUGCAGGUCAACCUCACAUGCGACCACCGCAUCGUGUACGGCGCCCAGGCCGCCGAGUUCCUGGUCACCCUCAAGCAGGUCAUUGAGGACCCCGACCAGCUCACCCUCUAAAGCGCUCACUCUGUAGCGCACGCCAUUUGUCAAGUGAGGGCCCAUAUUUGAGGACAUUCCGAGCUCGGUGUUGGCAUGGGCCCUCUUUGCUGCCAGGGCGGCUGGGUAGAUGUCACCAGGGCAACAGCAGGCGGCCACUGCUCCCAAGCUUGGGUUAUGGCGUUUGCUGAGGUCGCUGCAGGCGCUUCUGUGCUCACCUGCAAGUUAAAGGUUCAGCUGUGGUGACUGCCACUUUUAUGCAGACUGACGAGAUUGUUGAGCGACGAGUGCAACAAUGUUCCUGCCAUGUGCCAAUGCAUGAGAGAGACUGUUUCUGACGUGAGUGUUGAAGCGUGCCAUGACAUAUGUAGACCAGCCAGGACUCUUGUAUGGGGGCCUUUGCUCAGAGUGCGGCUGUGCCAACAAGAGAGAGAUUCUUUGUGCAAGCUAUGCUACUCUCCAUCUGGAUGAGAUCAUGACCUGAUCAGUGGGAUGGUCGAAGAGUAGUUGCUAAGCAACUUCAAAUUGGUUGCCGACUGCAGUUGGUCGUUGUCGUUUAACAAAUGUUCCUCUGUAAAUUUCGUUAGCAUGACUU